UGGGCAUACGAAUGGAAAUGUAAGACAGCGGCGGCCACUGAAUACGCCGCGACAGUCGCCGCCGGAGAGGCGCGGCGCGAGCACGCCGCGCCAUGUCCGACCUCUCGCCGAGGUUCGAGGGCGCCGAUUUGUUCAACUACUCUACUCCCGCGGAUUCUAAUUAUUCCACCUAUGUAAAUGAGACAUUCUUUGAUUUCAUCGCGCAUCAAGUUGCAUCCGCCUUGAAUGUUUACUAUACACCCUUACUAGUAUCUUUAGGGACAAUCGGAAAUUUGGUUUCAGUAUAUGUUUUCUACAGUAGUAAGUUGAGAUUGCAGUCCACAAGCCAAUAUUUGUCAGCCUUGGCUAUCUCGGAUACGGUGUUCUUAUUCCAACUAAUGAUGCCAUGGCUCGGUGCCGUUAAACUUACCGGUCUGUUUUACACGCAAGGCUUCUGCCAGAUAUUUAUUUACUUUUCUUACGUUACAUGUGACCUGAGCGCAUGGCUGGUGGUAGCAUUCACAGUGGAGCGGUUCGUGGCGGUGCUGUACCCACUGCGCCGCAAUGCCAUCUGCACCGUGGCGCGAGCUCGCCACAUAAUCAGCACAAUAGUUGCGUCGGCGCUGCUCCUGAAUGUACCUGUUCUCAGAUUCGCAGCGCCGGUUAACAACGACUGCAGUAUAGACGUACAAUACCUUGUUCAUGCAGCCAGAUUUAAUUUGUUGGAUACAGCUGUAUCGUUCACGGUGCCGCUCGGAGUAAUAAUAGUUUUGAAUGUUUGGAUAAUGGUCGGAGUGUACCGGCUAGAGCGCACCCGACACCACCUCAUGAAAACGGAACAGCCAGGGCCCGCACCGGGCCAGCGCACGCGACCUUCGCGGCUGCAGCAAUGCCCACGUUCCCAGCAACGAGUCACAAGGAUGUUGCUCAUUGUCUCUUCAGUUUUCGUCGUACUUAACAUGCCUGCCUACACCAUGCGCGUUGUAGCUUAUGCAUACAACAUGAGCCUCGACGAAUACAAUGGCCGCUACGCGGCGGUGACGCAGUUGGCGAAUAUGUUCUUCAACACCAACUUCGGCAUCAACUUCAUUCUGUACUGCCUGAGCGGGCAGAACUUCAGGCGGGCGCUUCGUCAGACCAUUCCCUGGCUGAGGAACAGAGCACGCCGCGGGGUGGCCGUCCGCCGCGCAACAUCCUUCCACCCUGCCAGAGCCAGCAGUGUCUCAACAUCAUACGUGAGCAACUUCACGGAGGCGACAAGCAACUACGGCGUGUCGUCGGUGACGCCGGGCGUGCGCCGCCGCCGCCGCGACACCUUCAUAACGCGCUGGACCUUUGACAACAGCCGCCGCCGCGCUCCGGCCCCCGAACUCGAGAUGAAAGUUUUCACGCCCAACUAUACGACCACUUAAUACGAGUACGAUAGUAAGAAAAAUGAUCUCUAAUUGAGGUAACCGAUCUAAAGUGUCACAUCCUUAUGCAAAUAAAUGACUCUUUAUUGCUGCGAACUGAAAUAGGUUUCAACUAAUGGGGCGGUAUCGACUACCACAAUAUUUUUCUUAACUAAGUAUAAAUCUUAAUAAAUUUUAGGAACGUUAUAAAGAGCCACGAGGGGUCUGAAGGUUGUUAGGUGCUCCGGCUCUACUCAUGCGUUUUGGCUAUUAUUUAUACCAUUAUAAUGGAGUUUUUAAUACUCAUUGAAGUGGUGUAAAAUCAUUUAAUAAAACGCUUAGUUCUUUUUUCAUUAUUUUUUUACUUCGACACGUCUAACCUAAUAACCAAAUGAAAGAAACGGAACCCUUAUAGGAUCACUUUGUUGUCCGUCCCUCCGCUGUCUGUCUGUGCAGGCCUUUUAUCUCGGGAACGCGUGGAGGUAUCCAGUUGAAAUUAAAACCAUACUCAGGUCUACAGUCCCCUGAAGCUGUGAAUAAAUCUAACUUUCACGUAAACAAAGAUUUGGCCAUUUAGGCCGAAAAAAACGUAAAUUUCGACACUUUUAAGGGAAUCAAAAUUUCUAGGGUAUUUCCCGUUGACCUAGAACUAUGAAAUUUGGCAAGUAAUAUCAAUAUCGUUUUACACUACAAAUACAGGGAAAAAUCUGAAAACUAUGAAUUUGUAAAAAAAUAUAUUAUUGUUAUGGGCGAGUCCGACUCGCACUUGUCCGGUUUUUUGGUAUAAAUAAUAUUGCAACCGCGUCAGUAGACCCGGAGCAGCUAACAAUUUACAAUCCGGCUCUCGUAUCUUAGUACUUUGUAUAUAACCUAUUUGGUUAAAUAAAUGUUAAUUUAAGUAAUCUACAUCAGUAUACAAUUAAUUAAAUAUAGUAAGUAAAGAGCUUUCUUAGUAUUUUGUAAAUAUGCGGUGUAAAUAUGAGGUAAAUGAAUGUUAAUUUAUGCAAUACCUAUACAUCAGUUAGUUAACUAUGUUGUAAGUGAUAAAUUUAUAAUAUUCAAGAACUAGUCAUCACAUAAAACAUAUUUAUGAUUAGACUUCUAUUAUAGUAUUGUACUUGAAAAAAAGUCAGAAUGUAUGUCCUUGCAUAAUUUUUACGCUUUUGCAUAUUUUGAAGUAUAAAAGUAAACAAAACAAGAUUGGCCUAAUGAAGAAUGUAUGGCGUAAUUUAAUGCUCGCGGCUCAGUAAAAAAUGGAACGUAUAUUGCACCCCAGUGAAGAUAAAGACUCACAUUCACAAGAUGAGUUCCCUUUAUAGAUUAUAACUUUUAUAAUUUUCAGGCGUUGUUUAAAUAAAAAGCCGAUUAAUAGGGAAUAUUAGGCAAAGCUCUGCGUAGGUGGCACCUUUGUGGCACAUACAGUAAACAAACCACAUUGACACAUCACACGUCACGUCAAGAACAUGGCCUACCGCAAAACAAGAAAAUCGAAAUUUCGUUAUCUAAUCUCUCUAUCACUCUUGAAUAUUCGAGCGAUAAAGAGGCAGAUAACUAAAUUUCGAUUUUCGCGUUUACCGGUAGGCCCUUGUUAACAAACCGCCUUGAUGCAUCAAUGUCAUAUUUUAUUGUCUGUGAAAACUUGUCAAAAAACAGUUUAAGGCACAGUAUGUAUAAGUUAGUCUAUGAAUUUACUGAGUCGGUAGUGUUGCACUCUGGCGGCAGAACAUUGCAGUAACAUCCCCUAUUCUGGUUUUAUUAAAAAAUAUUUAAAUAAGAAAUGUUGUACGUAUAUGGUUUUUUUUUUAAUUUAAAAUGACGUUUAUUAAGUCACAGCCUAAAGUGCGACAUAAAAUAGUGGAAAAUAAAUGAAGGCGCCAUUUUCUUCGUAACUGUCAUAUUUUGGACGUAAAAUGCUUAAACAUGGCAACAAUUUUGUAUGGAAAUUGUUUAGUACCAUUUUAUUUAAUUUCUACUCUUCCAUGUCGCACACAGGUACCGCAUAUAAAACGACUAAAACGUUUACAAAGAGCGUGAGGUUACCACACCACAUACAGGUUCAAUUUUUCUUUUUACUUGUUAAAUGCUACAAUUUCAGCGGCACAACUGAGUUAUAUUUAACACCAUUUUAUACUACAAUAACCGAGUUACACCCAAAUCAAUUAUUUUAUUAAUAUUUUUAAUUUACCCAAGUACUGGUUGUAACUCGUAAUUAUAGACUAAACUAAUACAUAUAAGCGGUUGGGGGGUGUGUGAUAAAACUACAAAAUAGCCCUUCUAAUUUUUAAACGUUUCAGAUAAUACGCCAUUUUAAAAGUAAGUACGCUUUGGCCUAUGAAGGUAUUUGCAUUGUGCGUGAUGACACGCCCGACCUACAAUUUGUUCAAGUUUUUUACAAAGUGAAUUUCUUUGAUCUCAUAAUGUUAUUAAGUUUAUAGUUAAUUUUAGCACAAAAUACUAAUAAAGUCGCCACAAAUAAAAACAAUAUCAUCAAACAGAUCACACCUACAUUUGAGGCUAAAUUAAUAUAAGGAUUACAUGUAACCUUAUAAUCAGAGGUCGGCGAGGGUGAGCUAUUUACCUUAUAGUAUGACGUAAGACAUGUCAAAUUAUAAGGUGAAUAGCUGACACUCGCCGACCUCUGCUUAUAAUACAAUGCUUUGCGAGCCUCCACCCCUUCACAGAGGUUGAAAAACAAGUAGAAAAUAUUAUUAAUUUCACAUCACAACGCUUGGGAGUCGUUUGCACCACCUCUGUAGUAUUUCUCGAGCUGUUAUUAUGCUAGCUUUGAUUGCACUUGAGGAAAUUAGCGAUUAAUUUUUAUAAGAUUAUUGCAUUGAGCUUGGAUACUUACUGUAUGUAUACUGAGACGACCACGAUGAGUACGAUGUAUAUGUAAAUGAAAAAAAUGAUGUUAUUUGAUUCGUUUCUAAUAGCGAAUAUGGAUAACAAUUAAGUAUCGGAAACAUGUUCAAAAUUAUUAAAGUAUAUAACUUAUGUACCAAACAUAGCGUAGCUUGAAUUUGAUUCCUAAUAAUGGGAGAAAGGCGACCAUCAUUUAGGUUAGAUGGUUGAAGCUAAAUAGAGAAAUUAUUCAGAUCUAAUUCAUAACCUGUUAUUAAAAUCAGAAUACGCCUGACAAUUUUUUCAAGCUAGGCAAUGUUAAGCAGAAUAUGGUAAUCUAUGGAUCGUUAUAAAUGUUAUUAUUCUUCUGAAGACGGGUAUAAUCGUAUAACGUUUCAUUUAUGUAUAAUGUUUACGUCUUACUCGAAUCGUAUUUAAGGCUAUUCUAAAACUCGAGGAACUUUUUAACCAUGAGGUCCGUUCCGAAAGUUCCAUGGCUAAGCUAAGAGCAUCGGCAUGGAAUACCGGCGGAAUAUUUAUGUAAAGCAAAAUAUACUUUGUUGUUUUUAAUGCUAAGGUAUGUGCUGGAUGGGCUUACAUUUUUUGUGUGUUUAAUAAAUGAAAAAUAUAAUCACUUAGCUCAAGCAUAAUAUUGCUCAUUUUAAGAAAUAAUUUUCAUAUGUUUAGCUUUUGUGCAAUUUUCAUUAUGAUUUUUUAAAGUGCAUUUUAGACCUAUGUUCGUGAUUUUUGUGAUUUUAAACAAGUAUAACCUACUUGGUUCGUAUGAAUUAGUGAAAUAAUUAAAAAAACUUAUAACUCCCGAAAGAGCUACAGUUUUUUUUUCACAGUCCAUAACUCUUGCGGGAACAAUAUAGGCCCUUGUCCUUCAGUACACAUGCAUGAAAUAAAGUCUUUUUUGAGCAAGUCUGAUCAAUAUAUAGUCUAUAAAUAAAAUAGCAUACAAAGCAUCCGGGUUUCACCCAGCCGCUAUUGGAGCAUUCCAUGAAAUUGUCUACCGUUUGUCCCGUACAAACGCGAACUUUCUGAAGAUUUGCAGGUAUAAGAGUUUCCUUUUCUAUGACAAAUGAUCAAAAUAUGCACAGAAAAAUAAUCGCCUGCUUUAAAUGCCGAAAAAAAGUCACAUCACAGGAAAUAAAAUGCGUUUGUACGGGACAACCUCUGGAAUGCUCCUUUUAAAGGUCUCGCAACGUCAGUUGGAUUAACUUAGACAUGUGACUCGGCAAAACGCGUCUUAGAAGCCCAAACUCGAGGGGCUUACUAAUAGCCCUGGAAGAGUUCUAUUAUGCACCCUCCGGUUUCAUCAUCAGAUUAAUUAAUAAAAAAAAUACCGCUCUUUCUUAAUUGGUAAUUGAUCAACAAUAUUUUUCAACUAAAAUAGAAUUUAAAUUAAAUAACAUUAACACAUCAGAUAAUAACAAAAGUAAUGACUUAUUUAAUUUUAACCUAAUGAGAACAUGGAUUUGCAACUCCAUAUGAGUAUGUGUGUGUGUGUGUGUGUGUGUGUGUGUGUGUGUGUGUGUGUGUGUGUGUGUGUGUGUGUGUGUGUGUGUGUGGGUGUGUGUGUGUGGGUGUGUGUGUGUGGGUGUGUGGAUACAGUUAAAAAAUAUGA